AUGUGAUUGUUCCAUAGUUCCAUCAUAGCACUAAUGGGAUUUCUAUAUGGGAUUGACGAUCACUGAUAGAUCAUAUUAACCCCUUUGUUGUCCUAUAAAUAAGUGCUGCUUCAUAACAUCAAAAUUAACACUCAAAAUAAUGUCUAAUAAACUUCGCGGUGGCUUCUUUGGUCGAAAAUCUGAGCCACCCCGUCAUCAAACAUGGGACCCAUACCAAGACCAUGGUUUGAGAACUGCUCGAACCAACACACCCUUCAUGGCUUUCCCUGGCGAACAAUCACAAAUUGUCAAUGUCCAUAUAGAGUCCAAGGAGACACCUGAAGCGCAUGUGUACAAGGCACACCUUCCAGGGCUCAAUCGCAGUGAUGUGAGAGUGGAAGUGGAUGAUCGCAAUGUGCUAAGCAUCAUUUGCGAGAAGAGCGUGGAGAAGGAAGAACAUAGAGGUGGGUGGUACCUCAUGGAGCAAUCAAGUGGCCAUUUCGUUCAGCGUCUCAACUUGCCUGAAAACUCCAACGUUGACCAUGUUAAGGCUCAUAUGGAUGAUGGGGUGCUUACUAUUACGGUUCCCAAGCACAGGGUUUUGAACAAUCGUGUUAGAAACAUUAAUAUUUCUCAUGUGAAUGUGUGACUGUGUCUGAUUUGAUGUAUGGAAACUAAACUGCUAUCUUUGUAGAAGAAACAUGCAUGGUUAUCAAGAUAAAUAAUAAAUAACUAAAGUUCUAUGUCC